AUGAAGUCUAAGUCUUUAAAUCUAGCUUGGAAUAAAAAUACGAUCUACGCUUUAGGACUUUACAAACUUAUUACUCAAAGUUUGGGGAUUUGGCCCCUGAAAUGUCAUGAUAUUUUUUCAAUAAUGCGAUUGGUAUUCGUAGUCUUAAGUCAGAGUAUAAUGGCCAUCAGCUUAUUAAGUGAAAUUAAUCUAGAUUGUGGUGCAGUCAAUGAUAUUAUUCAAAUGAGCUCUUUAGCAGCAUGCAACGUUCUGGUCUUAUCAAAAAUAUUUUUUAUCUAUCGCUCUAAAACAGAAAUGUUGAAAAUUCUUUCAUCAGCUAUCGAAGAGUGGCAAUUUGUAAAAAAUUAUGCUGCUUUUAAAAUCAUGAAAAAAAAUGCUACACUUGGUCGUCGUGUUUGCAUUCUCCAAAUGGCUUCAGCUUAUCUAACUGUCGUUCUGAUUGCACUUGGUAGUUUACCAGUCCUAAUAUCACCGAUGAAUCAUACAAUCUCUGAAAAUGUUACUAUUGCAUCAUUUCAACCCCUUCCGUUACGAACAACUUGUUUUUAUGGUGAAAUGUCAAUAAGUUUUUAUGUAGUAACUUAUAUUUUUCAAGUGAUCCAGCUUUUAAUUACUUGUACUGGUAAUGUCGGUUGUGACUGCUUCUUUUUUGGGAUUACCUUACAUAUUGCUGGACAAUUUGAAAAUUUAGUUGAUGAAUAUAAAAAUUUUUGUGUUGAUACAAGAAUGCAGAUGCUUAUAAGUUUGAGAACUGGAAAUACUGCAAAUGUUAUAAAUAUUGUAAUAAUUUACUAUGUAUUGAAUAUACAAAUUUUUUUGUACUGUUAUGCAGGAGAUCGUUUAACAAGUGGAAUUGCAAGUUUACAAAAUGCUAUAUAUUUUAGCCCUUGGUACAAUUUACCGCCGAAGAUGAAUAAAAAUGUAAUAUUUAUCAUUUUUAAAGCAAGUAAGACUUUUCAUUUGACAGCCGGUAAGAUUUUACAUAUGAAUAUUGAUAAUUUCAAAAAUAUUCUAAAAGCAACUUUUUCAUAUUUCUCGUUUUUACAAGCGAUGAUUGACUAA